AUGCAUUCCAAGCAUGAAAGCCCAUGUUACUUAAAAAUCCUCAGGUCCAUCCAGAACUCAGUAUUGCCUACACGAAGCGAGGCCAUGAUGCUGAUAAAUGAUGUAAAGAUAGUUUUUGCUUCAGAACCAAAUGUUAUUCAAAUACAAGCACAGGUCAAUGUUGUAGGUGAUGUUCAUGGCCAGUUCUACGAUCUCUUGAACAUGUUGGAUCUCAUGGGCGAUCCUUCUAUUCAACAGUAUCUGUUUCUUGGAGACUACGUAGACAGAGGAUAUGACUCAGUGGAUCUUAUAUUGUUGCUGUUUACAUAUAAAAUUCUCUAUCCGGAUAAAAUUCACCUUCUUAGAAGAAACCACGAAACACGCAUGCUAUCUGCUGUAUAUGGAUUCAGGGACGAAUGCAUAAGGAAAUAUGACAUUACAACAUACUGGAGAUUCUGUGAUGCAUUUCAAUACCUUCCAAUCGCUGCAGUUGUUUCUGGAAAAUACUUCUGUGUUCAUGGAGGACUUGUGCCUGGAAUAACAUUAGACUUCAUCACGAGUAUUGAUAGAGUUGGUGAAAUUACUGAGUUGAGUAAUCUAUUGUGGAGUGAUCCUGAUGAAGAGCCAGGAUAUAGGAAAAAUCCAAGAGGCGCAGGCUAUCUGUUUGGAGAAGACACAAUCGAUGACUUUCUUGAAUCAAACAGGUUUUCCCAUGUUGUACGAUCACAUCAGUUGGUGAACGACGGGUACAAGUCAUUCUUUAGAGACAAGCUAUUCACAAUAUGGGGUGCUCCGAACUAUUGUUACUCAUCAGGUAAUGUUGCAUGUGUCAUGGCAAUCAGUGAAAACGGCCAUGAGUUCAGGAUAUUUGAUAAAUGCAAACAGCAGUUCAGAGACUCUUCUAUGCAAUCAGACUUCUUUGAUGGCUAA